CACGUCGCCAUGAACCACGAUUGCAAGGGGGGACAAUUGGCAUUCUGGGCGUGCAGGCCAUGGAGCAGGCCUUGGUUGGCCGGAUGUCGAUGCAAGCAUUCCCACGCUCAAGAGGUAGGUGGGGCGUGCUGGUGCAAAACAUAUCAUGGCAUCGUUUCAUAGCAUGAUGCUUGCAGGGCACGCCCCAUGGCUCGCUGGGCCUCUCGAACGACACGUCGUGAACUUUCAAGUUACAAGGUGAAUAAGACAGUAUGAACAGUUUGCGCUGUGACCUUUACAAAUGAAGGGAUGCAUUAGGUACUCCCCCAAGGCCAAAGCUAAGUCGUGCAGGCCUGCAGGGCACCAUCUCAGACGUGGCCCAUUACCUUGGCCCCGUUUCGGGUGCGUUUCGCUACCUGUCGCCUCCCUAACUUGAUGUCAAAGGACAGUUGCAUUGAGAAUAUAUUGUAACACGUACCCAUGGACACCAAAGUCGGGAGAGGUCCCUAGUCACACCGGCGUUUCCUGCAGAAAGGAAGCUAUUAUGGCAUUAAGGUUGAAAUGCCGCAGCUGUGUAGAAGGCGUGCGCCGAGGCCUCAAACAAUCGCGCCACGACGCGCAGGCUCUUGGAAGUCUAGUAUGGCAGUAUCCCAGCCUGGCAUGUGUACCGCUGCUCCUGUUAGCGGUGUUGUUGGCGGGAGGUAUCACCGCAGUCAUACACGUUAAGGACAGCGACGUCAGCGUGGCGAAGGAGCGAGCUGAGGCUGUGGCCAGGGAUGCAGCCUCAUGGUAUCAGGACCAGAUCGAGUACGCCAUUGGACCAGUGGAGAUCAUGGCUGCUGUCGUGAAGUUUGCACCCAUGUUCGAUGUGGUAGACAGCUGGUUUGGCCUGUUGUCGAAAGCCAUGCUCAAGACCUCCCAGGCCGCACCCGGAGCCAUCGAGGUGCUGCAGCUGGCGCCCAACGGCGUCAUCCGCCUCGCCUACCCGAUGGAGGGGCUCUUGCAGGGCGCGAUCGGACUGGACAUCUUCAAUUCGUCCCCGGCCAACGCCGAGGCCGCUCAGGCCGUCAUGCAGCGCGGCAACCUGCAAGUGCUGGGCCCCAUCCGCCAGCCCAACGGCUCCUACGGCCUGGUGGUGUCGAUGCCGAUCUGGAUUGAGGACGUGGACGCCAACGCCACAUUCGGCCUGACGGGCCCAGUGUUCACCGGUUGCGGGGCCCCGUGCGACUACAACGAAACGACGCGCACGAAGCCGUGGGGCCUGGCACAAGCCAUCGUGGACCUGCAGUCCAUCAGCAAUGCCCUGGAGACGUCCAAGCUGCAGGCCGUCGGCUACCGGUAUGAGGUGGAGGCGCUGCCGUCCACGUCAGCACAGGCGGCGGGCGCCGGCAGUCAGCAGGCGCAGGUGGUGGUGCGCAGCUCCGCGCUGCCCGAGGACCCCGUGGAGGCCUUCAUUGACCUGCCCGACGCCCAGUGGGUGGUCCGCGUGGCUCCAGCGAAGGGCUGGGAGCCGGACUGGUACGGCGGCCUGCUGGCGGCGGUGGUGGUGCUGGCGGUGGUCAUCUCGCUGCUGCUGUUCACGGCAAUGGUGUCGUGGCGCCGCCACCAGUUGCUGCUGGAGGCGCUGCUGCCCAAGGAGGUGAUCCGCGACCUGAAAGUGGACGACGCCGCAACACUGGGGGCGCGCAUCCAGCAAACAGACACGCCCGCAGACCUGCUCCUCAAGAUGAUGGGCGAGCUGCUGCAGGGCCGCGUGCCGGAGCUGCGCGACGUGGUGUUCAUCCGCACAGCCCUGCUGCGCAACGCGGACGUGUACCAGCCGCUCAACCUGCGGGGACAGCUCAAAGAAGCCAACUUCGACUCCGACGUGGUACAGGCGCUCAUCCGGCAGCUAGGCGACACGGGCGGCGCCGACGGGCAGUCGGUGUGCAGCGAGCCCAUGCUCGCCAGCGACGGCGGCGGCUUGAACUCCCGGCAGUUCGGCAGCAUCCCUGUCAGCACCGGCUGCGUCACCACGGAUGACCUGGCACAGCUCAACAGCCGCAGCCUGACGCCCAUGGCGGGCGGCGGCGGCGGCAUGCCGCAGCUCAGGCUGGAGACGCUGACGGGCGCGCUGUCGCUCCUGCUGUCGCCGCAGCUGCCGCUGAUGCCACAGCCGCAGCCAGCCCCGCCGCAGCCAGCAUUGGCGUACCCGAUCACAGCGGCUUCAGCGGCGCCUGCCGGCAGUGGGAACAUCCAGGCUCAGCUCAUAAGCGCCGCCGCACCCAGCGGUGCGCUGCAAAACGGCAAUGCGUUAAACCUGCCGCCAGUGCCCGUUCCCACCGAGCCCUUCCUCAUAGAGGCGGCGGACACGGGCGCUACGGCCGGCGACUGGACGGAGCACGUCGCGGCGCGUGGAGCGCUCGCGCCACACGUGAACGCCAACGGGGCGAGCACACCUACGGGCAUUGAGCGGUCGGCUACGGCCGGCGGUGCUGCUGGAGGCGGGCCAGUGGGUCUGAUGGCUCGCCUGGCAUCAGCCAUCCCGAUGAUGAGCAGUAGCAGCGCGCGAGAGCGCGACCGCGAGCGGGACCGGGACCGGGACCGCGAGCGGGACAGGGACAGGGAUGCCGCCGGCAGCACAGCCAGCGGGUCAGGGCCUGUUCCCAUGGCCGGCAGUAACUACAACAUUGCCAGCACGGGGGCCAACACGCCGCGCAGCCGGCUAGAGGCACUGGGGCUGCCGGCGCUGCGGACCGGUAGCAUGGACGGCGGACCCAACUCCACGUUGGACUGCCGCACCAGCCUUGCCGGAGCCACAUCGAUGCGGCUGGCCUCGAACCUGGGCCUCGGCGCCAGCGGUGUUGGCGGGUCGCGCAGUGGUGUGCAGCUGCAGCUGCACUCAUCCAAGGUCAUCCCUCUGGCGAAUUCGCCAGCACCACUGGGGGCAGCGGGUGCGGGCCUGGUUGGGUCUGCCCAUGGCAUGAUGCCGCCGCCGGCCUCCCUGCCGCCCGGGCCACCACCGCCCGUGAUCGAAGAGGUGGAGCGGCUGCUGGGGGACGCUGACAGCUGGGCGUUCGACACGUGGCGGCUGGCGGAGGCCACGCAGGGGCACGCGCUGUCGGCGCUGGCCUUCUACCUGAUGUACCGCGAGGGACUCAUCGCCAAGUUCAAGAUCAAGCCGGCGGUGCUGGCCCGGCUGCUGCGCGCGUUGGAAGCCGGGUACCCGGCGAACCCCUACCACAAUGCCACGCACGCGGCGGACGUGCUGCAGACGCUGCACGUGAUCCUCCACGGCGCGCAGCUGCACGUGCACUACCUGGACAAGCUCGGCCUGCUGGCCGCGUACUUUGCAGCGAUUGUGCACGACCACAACCACCCCGGCCUCACCAACGACUUCCUCAUCAGCACGCACGACCUGCUGGCCAUCCGUUACAACGACAAGAGCCCGCUGGAGAACCACCACGCCGCCUCCUGCUUCGGACUCAUGGCGCUUCAGCCGGAGCUUGACGCCCUGUCGACGCUGUCUAAAACGGAGCGGGGGACGUUUCGCAAGCAGGUUAUCGAGAUGGUGAUAGGGACAGACAUGAAGCAGCACUUCGCCAUUCUUGCCCACUUCAACACCGUGCACCGGUUGGCGAGCUACAGCGUGCAGACCGCCAAGCCGCAGGCGUCGGGAGGGUUGGAGGGCGCCGCCCGGACUGUCAGCAUCGGCGGGGCUCUGACAACGAACGCCCCAAGGCCGAUCGACGAGACGGAGCGUCUCUUGACGCUACAGGUCGCGCUGAAGGUUGCGGACAUAGGGCAUUUGGGCGAGGACCUGGAGGUGCACAAGCGCUGGCUGGGUGUUCUGGAGGAGGAGUUCUUCAAUCAAGGCGACCGCGAGCGAGCGCUGGGCAUCCCCAUCAGCCCGCUUUUUGACCGCAACAAGCAGGGCGUCAGCAAGAGCCAGGUCGGGUUCUACGACUUUGUGGGGCUGCCCCUGGUUCAUGCCGUGUCCAGUGCCUUCCCGGGUGCGCGGCCGCUCAUGAGCUGCUUUCUCGCCAACUACGACUAUUGGAAGUCCCGCGAAGCGCCCGCGCCGUCGCCAAAGCCUCAACAGCCGGUCGCGCGGUCCAGCGACGCAUCCGCGGGGAGCCAGGGGAGCAAGCACCCUCGGACCACGGUGCGGGAGGACCGGCCGCAGCCGGCGCCAUCCUUGGCACUGGCCAUGGGGUCCAACGACGGCGCAUUCGACAUUUGACCUGCAUAACAGUGACGAUCACUGCCCUUGUGUGGGCCCACGCGCCUUGGGCUUGGAGAUGCAGCUGCCAUUUCCCUCCCUCAGUGCACGUGACUUGCAGCAUGGAUAAGCAUACGAAUUUUGGCAAUGCAAGCGCACGCUCCAUACCCAUGAAUGUAGCAUUGCCCGUGGCCAGCAGAUGUGGGCGCACACGGGCUUGAGUUGUUACGUUCUCUGCAGAUUCCCAGGAGGAUGUAGCGUGAGCACGUUUGUAAUGGCCAAGUGCCGGGCCCUCUAGAGGCACUGGGCCUGGAUCGCAUACCUCACUGUGUACGUAGAAAUACUGGUGGAUAUUGUCGGAUGUGCAUGCGGGCCCCAAACGUAGAGGCUGCUGGAAAAGCGUAAUCAGUCCCAAUCGUGUCGUGUUGAGAACAGUGUUACAUUGAAAGACAGCUCGCGGUUUAAAGUCUUUGGUGGGCUGGGUACAACAUCGGCGUGAGCUCAAUGCGGGGAGGGAUAAGCACAUGCGUUCAGUGCGCAAUGGGAUGCAUGCUUGCUUGUGUAUGUGAUAUGUAUUGAAGGUUGGUGGUGGUUUUGCAGUGGUGAUGAGUACUGGGUUGAUGUGAAUGGUGAGCUGGUUUGUUGUCAAGGCUGAGCGUACAUUAGGUUACAGUGAUUAGGGAAAUUGUAGGCGUGCCGCGGGGGUGCAAGAAGCAUGGAGUUUGUGUAGGACGUAUUCCUCUCCCGGAUGCAUUAUUCUAUGCAUGCGGCUGCGCAUGCCUAGUAGCGCACAUGGCUGGCAGGAGGUGGGGAUCUGAAUUUGAUGGCUGCCUGGAGUGACAAUAGCGAUGUCGCUCGUCGCAGCAGCGACAGUUGCGGAGCUGGCGCAUACCGUAGCUAGCUAGCCGAAGCGCAAGGAGUAGCAUGCAAGCAGGCUUAUUGCUCGUGGCAGCCUCACGGCUGGCUGCUGGGUGGCACUCCUCAUGCAUGAGCCCGCACCCGCCCAGGGUGCGUGACCUGCCUGCUUGUACAUCAUGAAUGUUGUUACA